GUAGGCGCUUCCUGCUGAAAGAAACCUACUGCUCGGAUCUGGAGAGGCGUAAGCGGUCGGACUGGACCGGGGGCACAGCCGGCUCGCCAGGUCCCCGAGGGCGGCGGUACCCAGCGAGGCGAAGCGCGAAGCGGAGUCUCCUAGCCGCUGGGAGGCCCGAGGCCAGGCUGCGAUGGUCCCGCCCACUGCGGACAGGUUACCCAGAUGUAAAACAAAAGUCAGGAGUGCAUCUGAAGAAAUGCAAAGUGAACUUGUACCGGUCAGCAUGUCGGAGACUGAGCACAUAGACUCCAUUUCUUCUGAGAAACAUACUGGAAAAACACCUGAGUUAAAGGAAGACGCACAUGUUUCAUUUUCUGAUGAUGAAAGCAGCAAAUUAGAAAAUGAAUCCAAAUUGUUGUCAUUAAGCAUUGACAAAAUUUCACGUCAGCCUAAUGAACACUGUCAUGUUGAAGCUUCUGACAAUUACUUUCCAGAUCGGGGUGGCGGUGCGGAUUCUUGUGCUCAAGUAGACACGUGCCCAGACAAUUCUGCACAAGCAGCCAUCUUUCCUAGUGGAGAUUGCCCAAGGCAUAUGUCAAAAGCAAGUGAAACUGAGCAGGCAGUCACACAAAUAUUGGCGGAGUUAAAAUCAUCUACAUUCACAGAAGCUGAUAAUCAAAAGACUUACUCAGAAAGUCCUUAUGAUACAGACUGCACCAAGAAACUUAUUUCAAAAAUAAAGACUGUUUCAACAUCAGAAGAUUUGUUGGAACAAAUAGAAUCCGAACUCUUAUCUACUGAGUUUGCAGAACACCAAGUACCAAAUGGAAUGAAUAAAGGAGAACAUGCAUUAGUUCUAUUUGAAAAGUGUGUGCAAGAUAAGUAUUUACAACAAGAACAUACUAUAAAAAGGUUAAUUAAAGAAAAUAAGAACCAUCAGGAGCUCAUCUUAGACAUUUGUUCAGAAAAAGACAAUUUAAGAGAAGAACUUAAAAAAAGAACAGAAACAGAGAAGCAGCAUUUGAGCACAAUUAAACAGUUAGAAACAAGAAUAGAAGAGCUUAAUAAAGAAGUUAAAGCUUCUAAAGAUAAACUGGUAGCUCAAGAUGUUGCAGCUAAAAAUGCAAUUCAGCAGUUACACAAAGAGAUGGCUCAAAGGAUGGAACAGGCCAAUAAAAAAUGUGAAGAGGCACGCCAAGAAAAAGAAGCAAUGGUAAUGAAGUAUGUAAGAGGUGAGAAGGAAUCUUUAGACCUUCGAAAGGAAAAAGAAGUACUUGAGAGAAAGCUUAGAGAUGCAAAUAAGGAAUCUGAGAAAAACACUAACAAAGUGAAGCAACUUUCUCAGGAGAAAGGAAGAUUGCAGCAGCUGUAUGAAACAAAGGAAGGUGAAACGACUAGACUCAUCAGAGAAAUAGACAAACUGAAGGAAGAUAUCAACUCUCACAUAAUUAAAGUAAAAUGGGCACAAAACAAAUUAAAAGCUGAAAUGGAUUUACAUAAGGAAACCAAAGAUAAACUUAAAGAAACAACAACAAAGUUAACCCAAGCAAAGGAAGAAGCAGAUCAGAUACGAAAAAACUGUCAGGAUAUGAUAAAAACAUACCAGGAGUCAGAAGAAAUUAAAUCAAAUGAACUUGAUGCAAAGCUUAGAGUCACAAAAGGAGAACUUGAAAAACAAAUGCAAGAAAAAUCUGACCAGCUAGAGAUGCAUCAUGCCAAAAUAAAGGAACUAGAAGAUCUGAAGAGGACUUUUAAGGAGGGUAUGGAUGAGCUACGUACGCUGAGAACAAAGACAAAAUGUCUAGAAGAUGAACGAUUAAGGACAGAAGAUGAAUUAUCAAAAUACAAGGAAAUAAUUAAUCGCCAAAAAGCUGAAAUUCAAAAUUUAUUGGAUAAAGUAAAAAUUGCAGAUCAAAUACAGGAACAGCUUCAAAGAAGUAAACAAGAAAUUGAAAAUUUGAAGGAAGAAGUGGAAAGUCUUAAUUCUUUGAUUAAUGACCUGCAAAAAGACAUCGAAGGCAGUAGGAAAAGAGAAUCAGAGCUACUGCUGUUUACAGAAAAGCUUACUAGUAAGAACGCACAGCUGCAGUCUGAAUCCAAUUCUCUACAGUCCCAACUUGAUAAGCUUUCUUGUAGCGAAAGUCAGUUACAAAGCCAGUGUGAACAAAUGAAACAAACAAACUUUAAUUUGGAAAGUAAAUUGCUUAAAGAAGAAGAACUGCGAAAAGAGGAAGUCCAGACUUUGAAAACUGAACUUACAUGUAAACAAACAGAAGUUAAAGCAUUGAGUACCCAGGUAGAAGAGCUGAAAGAUGACCUGGUAACUCAAAGACGCAAGCAAGCCUCUAACAUCAAGGAUCUUACUAAACAACUGCAGCAAGCACGAAGAAGAUUAGAUCAGAUUGAGAAUGGAAGCUAUGAUAAAGAAGUUAGCAGCAUGGGAAGUCGUUCUAGUUCAUCAGGUUCCCUUAAUGCUCGAAGCAGUACAGAAGAUCGAUCUCCAGAAAAUACUGGUUCAUCAGUGGCUGUGGAUAAUUUUCCGGAAGUGGACAAGGCCAUGUUGAUUGAGAGGAUAGUUAGAUUGCAGAAAGCACAUGCCCGGAAAACUGAAAAGAUUGAAUUUAUGGAGGACCAUAUCAAACAACUGGUGGAAGAAAUUAGGAAAAAAACAAAGUAUGAAAACCUACAAACCCUUGGAACAGAAAUAGAACGUCUUAUUAAACACCAGCAUGAAUCAGAGCAAAGAGUAAAAAAGCCCUAAUACAAAGAGGCAAAAGCCACAUGGGAGCAGCUACUAACCAGGAUUCUUGGGAACUUCCCUGCUUUGUGUGUCAUCUAGUCAAAAAUUUGUUUUGCUUCAUCUGUAUAAAGAAGUAUCCUUUUAUGCCUGGAUGCAUUGCUGUAUGCAGUGUAAGAACAUUUUGGUUUUGAUGAAAUUUUGUUUUUAUAUGGUUGCGACACAACAGCCUGUCAUUAAAUCUGAACAGCUUAGUUUGCUCAUAAUCAUGUGACGUGCUGAACAUUGCUACAAGGGCUUUAAAAAUCUCUUCUCCACAUUCUGUUUAAAAUAUAUAAUAUCAGUAAUGAUUCAUCUUAAAAAUAUGCAUGGAAAGACCUAUUAGUCAUGCAGUAACUCACUAUUUCUGUAACACCAAGAAAACCAUAGAGAUGAUAAGAAUUCUUACACUUUGACUUCACUGUGGGGCACACGCCUGUAGUCGCAGUUCCUCAGGAGACUGAGAUGUGGUGGUCAUUGGAGCCCAGAAGUUCGGGGCCAGCGUGGCCAACGUAGCAAAGCCUUAUCUCAAAACAAACAAAAACUGAAAACUGUACCUUUUUUAUGUUUUGACACUCCAGUAUAACAUCUGGCUGUUUUUGAGGGAUGCACUUAGUUCUUAAAUCUUUCAGUUUUAAUUUUAAGGAAAACUGAGCUUAAUAGGAAAGAUAGCUGUUGGUAAUUAAUGAUUAUGUGCUAUAUGUCUCUUGUGGAUUUUUCCUUCUGUCUUAAGUACAUUUUUUUCAGAUUUGGAUUGUUUGUGUUAAUCAUUGACUUUUAAGUCUUUAGAUUCUUAAAAUGUUAUUUUUAGUAACAUACUUGUUUAGAAAAUUCCUGUGGACUUCAGUUCUGUUUUUUACAUGUGAAGUAGAUUCAGUCAUUAGAACACAGAGAUAAAUACUUCUUUGAAAUGGAAAUACUUUAGCUUUACUGACAUUUGUGAAAAUAAAAAUAAUAGUGCUUGCGAUAUUUAUGAAGAACCUUUUUUUUUUCCCAAGAGAAACUACCAUAUGGUGCUUUUAAUCAUUUCAUUUGAGCAUCAUUCUUCACUAUUGAUGGUUAAUAACGUAUUAUAGUAUGGUGACCAUACAGCUCCCCUAAAUAUGGUGUUUUAUUAUAUUUAUUUGUAGCAUAGUUACAUGUCUAGAACGAAGGGAAUUUUAGAGCCUAGGUUUGGCAUGUUCUUGGAUUUUUAUAAUACUUAUUUAAGAUGUACACUUAAAUCUUGCCAUAAUACCAGCGUUUGGUUGACGUUUUCUCACCUUUUAUAUUUCUCACCUACCACAGUUUCUUUCACAUUGUAUUCUAUUUAGAUCACUUGUAUACUAAAAUACGUUGGCUCACAUGCAGAUACUGCAGCGAGCUUCAUUUCUGUUUUAGAUCCCCCACCCUGCAAUUAAAAGACAUAAACUUUGGGGAAAGCCUUUAAAGAAUCAUAUGGCCUCUUCAGUUGAGCUCAUGGAGACAGUGUCUUUGAAAUGUGUUUUAACUUUUUUUUUUUUAAAUCAACCUAACACUAUUUAAAAAGAUAGUUUACCAUACUUAGGUGAUUCUAUGUAGUGUCUUUUUCUGUGUAUAGAAUUUUAUGUUGUCAUCCCAAAACAAGUUACUUCAGAAUAAAAAUACACUUUCAAUAUGUUUUAUUUUUAAAGUAGAUGUAAAAAGUAUUAGUCUUUUUAAAUGUGUCUUGCUUUUUUAUUAAUAAUUUAUCAAAAUAAAACGAGAGGGCAAGUGCAAUAAAAUCUGAGUUAUUUUCCCAUUUACUUUAGGCAUAAUGUUGAAACUCCAGGACUCUACUAGUAUAGAAAACAUAUUAAACCUUUGAAGGGUAUCAUGUGAUACAAGUUUGUAAAUUAUAAUUUUUUUCUCUUAAGACACAAAGUAUAUAAUGGAGACCAAACAAUGAUCAGAUUGUCAUGUCCUGUACGUGUAUGUUUCUAAAAGUGUGUAUGUUUAUUACAGACGAAGGAAAAUUCCAGUAUUAAUAUUUUUGCUGAGAUCAACUUGGAGAAGCUUAAUGAUAAAAGUUGUUGAGGAAAGUGGUCUUUUUUUUUAAUGUAUAUAGCUCAGACUUGUUAUCCUGGAAUUCUGAAAGUUAUUAAAAGCCAUAUUUUUACUGUAUUACAUUUUUUCCUCAUAAAUUUAAGAAACUGUAGAAAAGUUUUGAAGGGAAUGCUUUCAUUUUGCUCUUCACUGCCUACUGCAUCCUUUUGUAUGUGGAUCAGGACUGAGCAAAAUCAUGUACAAAAGUGUGCAUCUGUCAGAGAUGCCUGUUUGUGAACUGAUUCACAAAUAGCUUCCAAUGUGAGGAUUUAGAGGGCCUUCAACAUUACUGUAUACGUGGAGAGAAAGGUGGGGUGACAGCGAUAAACCUGAGGCCCGUGGAGAAAUUUGUUCAGUAUGUUCAUUAUUGGUUGUCUACAUUAAAGGCACUUUUGUCUAGUUUUCAUCUUUGAGCAGGAAAUGUUCUGUAUUUGUGUACACACUUCACAGGUUUUCAUUUGAAAGUGAGCAUUUGGUGACUCCCUUUUUCCCGUACCACUUCAAACUUUAGUCUGCUAAAACAGUUUCAAGGAUUGAAAUGGUGGGGUUAAACAGAACAAUGAGUUUGAACUUUAAUGUUUUUUGUUUUGUUUUAUAUCUUUGUAACCACUUAAAGUGAUUCAGUCAGUUUGAUCAUGUUAUUUAUAUGCUUAAUAAACACCUUGCAAACCUACCACUGUCAGGCACCAGACGGGGUACUGUGAACACACCGAGGAGCAGUGUGCUUCUCGUCCUCCUGGGGCUGACAGUCCAGUGACCGUAGCUGGAGGCCCUGGCAGUAGGACUUUGGACCUGGAUAGCUCCUGCCACCCCUCGCUGGGUGGAUGGAGAUGAGGGGUCAUCUAGCUGGCGAGUAAGGGCCUGGAAGGCUCAUCCUGGUGCAGCUUCGGAAGCUGAAGCAUACUGGGAGAAAAUUGCUGCUUUCGUGGUGGCUCUGCACGUUUCCUAACUUGUCAUAGUUUGCUUAUUCUUAAAGGAAAAAAAUCCAAAGAUCAUAAAAUGACUUUAGAUUUUUACCAUUUUAGUAAAUUAUUAAUUUUCAAAAAGAUAAAUUUGUGCUCUCAUUCAUGUUUCCAAACUUUGUUUUGCAUUAUAUUAAUUUUUAAAAGAUUUUUAUGAAUGGAUUUAGACCAAGAUUUGCCAUUAUAAGGAAAAAUUAAUUAUUAAUGUUGUAAAUGUAAUAUAUGCUACCCUGGUGGAAAUAUUUUUAUAAAUCAUGUUGUUAUUCAUGCCUUAUGAGUAUUGACUCCAGUAGCCUAUUUUUCAGUAUCUUUUCUUUUUUAACAAAAGAAUUCUUUUUUGACACAGAUUAUUAAUUUUUAACUAAUACCAGUUGGUGGCGCUAGACACCUGAAAAUUUUCAAGGCUGAACAAGAGGAAUAAUUGAAAAAGUAUACAAACAUCAGUUUUUAGGGAAAAAAUAAAAUUGCAUAUUACAAUGUAUUCUUCUGGAAUGAUAUACUUUUUUUAAAUGCGUAUGGCUUCCAUCUUGACUGAUGACAAAACUGGCUUAUCUUCCAGAGUACAUAUGUGUGUGCGUUGUAUAAAUAAUCUUUUAAUUUGAUUACACUGUUCAUUUUGUAAAUAUUCUGUAUAAAAUGAAGCUUUUAAAGAGGAUUCUCUGUAUAUAGUAUACUUAAUAAAUAGGUAAUGCCUGUUUA